AUGUCUGCCGUACGACCCCUGCGAAGAGGCCUUCACCUCCUUGGAUCGAGGUCCAUCUCUCAAUCUGCCCCUGUUGGCGUCAAUGGCUCUCUGGCUUUGGCCCCGCGCCAGUUUGCUUCUCCGCGCGAGGCCCGCCGCGCUCUCCGCUUGCCCGCUGCUGGACGACCAGUGCUCUCUCCUGCUGCUGCUGCUGCCACCAUCACUGUGCCCGUCAAUGCGGGCGUGAGAUAUGCCUCUUCUGAAGCUCCGUCCGGUCCUCUGCGCAAGACACAGCUGUAUGACUUGCACGUCGCCAAGGGCGCCAAAAUGGUCCCCUUUGCGGGAUUCUCCAUGCCCUUGCAGUAUUCCGAUCUCAGCCAUGUUGAAAGCCACAAGUGGACGAGAGAGAAGGCCAGUUUGUUCGAUGUCAGCCAUAUGGUUCAACACCAGCUCAGUGGCCCAGGCGCCCUCGAGCUUCUCAUGAAAGUCACCCCUUCAUCCCUUGACAAGCUCACAAACAACUCAUCCACCCUCUCUUGUCUUCUGGAACCCGGAACCGGCGGUAUCAUUGACGACACCGUCAUCACCCGCCGCUCCGAGGACUCCUUCUACUUCGUCACCAACGCCGGUCGUCGCGACGAGGACCUGGCCUUCCUCUCUGCCGAAAUCAACGCCUACAAGGCCACCCACGGUCCCGAAUCCCUUGUCUGGGAGAUUCUCGAAGACCGUGCCCUGAUCGCCCUGCAGGGUCCCCAGGCCGCUGCAGCCCUGCAACCCCUCAUCCACGGCACCGGUACCGACCCAGCCGCCGACCUGAGCACCCUGUACUUCGGCAACUGCCGCUCUCUCUACCUCACUCUCCCCGACGGCUCGCGCACCCCGCACCCACUCCUCAUCUCCCGCACAGGCUACACCGGCGAAGAUGGCUUCGAGAUCUCCAUCCCCACCGCCGGCGCCGCCUCCCUCCCAGACCAAGUCACCGAGCUCCUCCUCUCCAACCCAGACCAGGUGCGUCUUGCGGGACUCGCCGCCCGCGACUCCCUCCGCCUCGAAGCCGGAAUGUGUCUUUACGGCCACGACAUCUCCACCGCCGUGACCCCCCCCACCGCCGCUCUGGGCUGGGUCGUCGGCAAGGACCGCCGCGACCUGGGGUCCGCAACAGGCGCCGGCUCCUUCAACGGCGCCGAGACCAUCCUGCCGCAGCUCGCUUCCCCGGGGAAAACGCUCACGCAGCGCCGUGUCGGAUUCACAGUCGAGAAGGGCUCGCCUGCACGCGAGGGCGCCGUCAUCGUCGCCUUGAACGAUGAAUCGCGGACCCCGAUCGGUGUCGUUACCUCGGGUUUGCCCAGUCCUUCUCUAGGCGGAGUCAAUAUCGCCAUGGGAUAUAUUCAACAGGGCAUGCAUAAGAAGGGAACAGAGGUUGGUGUCCUCGUGCGGAACAAGCUUCGUAAGGCUACUGUUGCUAGUAUGCCUUGGAUAGAGAGCAAGUUCUAUCGCCCUAAGGCUUAGAGCUCUUUUUUUUUUUUUUUUUUUU